UAUAGUUGUCUCUUUAAAAAGCACCUUAGAGACAACAAUGACCUGGAUGAUUGAGAAGCUCCGUAGACAUGGCCCAAUCUAGUUUCUAAGUCCUAACUUUUGCUUCCAUAGAGUGUCAUGAAAAAUACCAUUGCUUACCCUAUUUUGAUCUCUGCAGGUAUAGUAUAGAUCAUGGUAUUUGAAUAUCUUUUUCCAAGGCCUUCAUGGCUUAUUCUAUCAAGUGCUAUCAGAAAUUUAUUUUAUUUUCUUAUGUAUCACAUUUUAAAACCACCCAUCUCAUCAAGGAAUUGCUUGUUUUUAUCGAUGUUUGACCCUGAAAAGUAGAAAUUAUUUACCAUUUCAAUAUCUUCAUUGUUAAUUAACUGGACCAACUUGAAGCAGAACGGGGAAAGUCUAGAGCUGCAGUUAAGGGCACAUUUAUUUGACUAUUCUCUUCUUUGUUUUCAAGUUCAUUUUCAUUCUAAUGUGUUAAGAGAGGGGAAAUUAAAAUUAAUAUGACUUCAGUAACAGAAAGAAAGUGAAAACUUCAAAAUGCAGUCUGUAAUUUAUAGCCCAACUGCAACUCACAGCAGAGCCUGUGUAGUGGCUAAGGUAAGUGGCACUGCAAGAUCUAGGUUGAAGUACAUCCUCAUCUAAGGAAAUUCACAGGGUGAAUCUGGGUCAUCUCUCAUCCCAAUUUACUACACAGGAUUAUUGUAAAGAAAAAUGUGAGUGUGGGUGUGGGAGGCAACAUCCCUGAGCUCUUGAAUGACAGGUGGGAUAUAAAUUGGCCCAGGUAUCAUGCCCAGAAAAGAGCAAUCCCGGGAAUGGUAGUUUAGCAACAUUUGGAAGACUGCAAACUCUAUACCCCCAUGAUACCUCAUAUCAAGCUCUUAUCAUUUUUUUCUCUGUUCAGUCUUGCUCGAUUCUCAGAAACUGCUUGGACAAGUCCCUGCAAUUUUUCUUGACAAUGAUUUUCAGAAGUGGUUUGCCACUGCCUCUUUCCUAGGUUGAUAGAAAGUGACUGACUCAAAGUCACCCAGGUGGCUUUGUGCUGAAGGCAGGACUCAAACUCAUGUCUCCCCAUCUCUUCCCUAAUUCCUAACCAUUACACAAACUGACUCUCUUUUUAAAUGUAUUUAAAGUUUAUUUCAUAUAACCAUAUAUAAGACUUUGCUGCUGUAUAAGGUGCCAGUAAACAAAGGUGAUUAAUUACAUCAUUUUUCCAUUUAAAAUCUAUGGUGGAAAACCAGUAUCAGCCAACAGUUUCAAUUGCAACCAGUAUUGUCCAGUUUGCUAAUCCCUCGCCUGCUUUGCUUGUUUGUGAUUUAGCACAUUGCCUACACUUAAGCAACUGUGAACUAUUCUGUAAACUGUGGCUAAACAAACCAUGUGAUCUGACAGCACAGCUGCAGAAGAGAUGCAUCUGUUAUAGAUAAAUAAACUAGAAGCAGAUAUUUAAUACCAUUAUAGAGGAUGGGGACCCCCUAACUCCUUGAUCAAGCAAGAUGGCAUUCUAGUCACUUUUGUCACUAAGGACUCUCUCUCUCUUUCUGGUUACAAACACUGUAUUUAGAGCAGAUUAGUGGAGUUUUUCUACACUGCUAUAGUUGUCUGAUUGUUGUAGAAUCAGUAGCAAGUAUUUUCAAUUCUAUCCUUACAAGCAAAUGAUAACAAAACCAAGUUUUAAAAGGCAAUCUGGCUUUGAUGACCUUAUGGAAUAUUUAAUUAUGGUCAGAUAAUGGGAUUUUGUUGAAAGAAUGAGAUCAAUGUGCCUAUAGUUAAAUAUUCCCCCCUAAACCUUUUCUGAAAUUUCUCAAGCAGGCAACUGAACAUCCUUACCUUAUGGAGUGAAUAUCCAGUGUGCACCUAAAAUUGCUUGGCGUGUACUUGGCUUUGGGAAAGAAAUGGCUGCUCUUGAAUCAGCAUUCAGUGAAGAAGCUAUGGCUGACAUUAAUCCUGCCUUGGAUAGAGAGAACUUGGCAGCAACAGAUAAUGAAGGUUUGGCGACUGAUCAGCUGACAACUACAGAGAAAGUAGCAUUGAAGAAUUCAGUAAAUGCAGAAGCAGUUUGGGAAUAUCCAUGGCAGUCAGACAAAGUUGUGACCAAUCUUUCAGUACCCCACCAGGAUGGAAACAUUUCUGUAAAAAAUGAAGAAGCAAAUAGCCAAAGUUCAAAGCAAAUUAAUAACCACGACAACCAAAACAAAAAUCUGUACUUUUGUGAUGUAAGGCUUAAGAAGGACUUUCAGCAACCAUCUCUAUUUGCCCAACAUAAAAAUGUGUUCUGUCCAAGUAAAGUGCUCAUGCAGAACAAGCAACUUAAUUGGGAUCAAUUGGAAAUUGGCAGCCCAUUGGUGCCAGACCAGAACAGACAAACUAAAAAUUGUUCAAUAGGUGAUCAAUGUGGAGAAAAUAACCAAAGUCUAUCCUACCUUUCCCAAUAUUGUAAAAAUAUUCUUCUAAAGGAAAACUCGGCUUGGCAGCAUCAAAACUCCCAAUCAGAAGCAAGCAGUCUGAUAUCAGAAGCAUGCAAUCAAAGCACUUUAGUACCUGUUCCUCUUCGGGCAGAGAAUAUAAUAGAAUAUAUUGAUGAAGCAGUUGGUCCAAAUCCAAUACAAGUGACAGACCAGAAAACUGAGACUAAACAUCUUCAUAUUUGUGACCAGUGUGGAAAAGAAUACGAGUGGCUUUCGGAGCUUAUCCAGCAUCAGCUAUUUUUUGGAGGAGAAGCAGAUAGACAGUGCCAGCUUCAUAUGGAAGGUAGAAAUCCAAGUCAUUUAGCACCUGUCCCUAUUCUCUUCCAGGGAAACAAUAUGUGUGCAACCUUUUGGGAAACUUUACAACAAAAGUCAAGGGAUCAUAAUACUCAUGCCAAGAUUGGAAAGGAUUUCUGCAGGUUCUCUCUACCCAAGAGGCAUACACUACCUAGGGAGGAACUGACUAGACAGAAUGAGUCAAAAAUAAAUAAAUCUAGUACCUUAUCAUUUGUCCCCCUUGUGAGAAGAAAUACAUUUGCAGACUCUUGUGAAAUGUCUAACGUAAAUUCAAUGCUUACAUGUUCUUACACAGGGAAACAACACAGUGACCAAUGUGGAAGAUGCUAUCACUGUCUUUGUGCUCAACAGCAUCUUGAUAAUUUUGAAUUGAAAUCAGAUACAGAUGAACUGUUCAAUUUGGGAGCAUACUGUCCAAAAAGUUUAGUGCCCAUUCCUUCGUUAGCAGAGAAAAUAUUCAGUGAAAACUCAAAAAUCCCCAUAGAACAAAAGAACUAUGCUAAGAAUCUGAACACAUUUAACUGUGAUAAGAACGAUUUCCAGCGUCAUUUGUUGACCAAACAUCAUCUACAUGUUCCCUUGGGAGGGGAAGCAGACAUACUGGACCAACUUAAAAUACAAGCAGGCAGUUUAAGUCGAUUUCAAAUAGAAAGAAAAAUUAUAGAAUCUUCUGAAUCAGUUAAACCUCAAUCAAAUCUCACAACAAACCAAGGUUUCCAAAUUAAGACGGAAUGUGAGAAGGAUUUCCAAUGGUCCUCUGCCCUGACUCAACAUCAAGUUGUGAACUCUGGGAAAGUUAAUUGGAAACAAUGCCCAUCAAAGGUAGAUGAUCAAAAUGAUUCAUCACCUGAUCUCAUGGAUCUUGACCAACCUGCCCAUCUGAAGACAAACCAAUUGACUGAGAAACACAAACCCUAUGCGUGUGGUCACUGUGGUAAAAGCUUCAAGUGGCCUUCUGGCCUUGUUCGACAUGAACAGACUCAUUAUAGAACAAAACUAAUAAAAGGCAAGUGCACUAAGCUCAACAAAUCAUAUAUUUGUGGACACUGUGGGAAAACUUUCCAGUGGCCUGAGCUUGUCCAACAUAAAUACAUGCAUUCUAGAAAAAAAUUACUGCGAGCCAAGGACACCAAACCCAACAAAUACUACACACGUAGCCAAUGUGGAAGGAGCUUCCAGUCGCUUUCUCAACUUGCCCAACAUGAACACACUCAUUCCAGAAGUAAAUUAGUGAGCAGAAAGCUCAAGCCCAAACCCCAUAUCUGUAAUCAGUGUGGAAAAGGCUUCACGUGGCCUUCUGACCUUGCCCGACAUCAACAGACUCAUUCUAAAAAAAUAAUAUUGAAAGGCAAGGGCAUCAAACUCAAGAAAUACUACACCUGCAGUCAAUGUACAAAGAGUUUCCAGAGGCCUUCUCAACUUGCCCAACAUGAACACACUCAUUCCAGAAGUAAAUUAGUGAGGAGCAAGCUUAAGCUCAAAUCCCAUAUCUGUAAUCACUGUGGAAAAGGCUUCACAUGGCCUUCUGACCUUGCCCGACAUCAACAGACUCAUUCUAAAACAAUAAUAUUGAAAGGCAAGGGCAUCAAACCCAAGAAAUAUUACACACGUAGUCAAUGUACAAAGAGUUUCCAGAGGCCUUUUCAAUUUACCCAACAUGAACACACUCAUUCCAGAAAUAAAUUAGUGAGCAGCAAGCUCAAGCUCAAUAAAUCCUGCAUCUGUGAUCAGUGUGGAAAAAGCUUCAAGUGGCCUUCUGACCUUGCCCGUCAUCAACAGACUCACUCUAAAAAAAUAAUAUUGAAAGGCAAGGAUAUCAAACUCAAGAAAUACCACACAUGUAGUCAAUGUACAAAGAGUUUCCAGAGGCCUUCUCAACUUGCCCAACAUGAACACACUCAUUCCAGAAGUAAAUUAGCAGAAAGCUCAAGCCCAAACCCUAUAUCUGUAAUCAGUGUGGAAAAGGCUUCAUGUGGCCUUCUGACCUUUCUCGACAUCAACAGACUCAUUCUAAAACAAUAUUGAAAGGCAAAGGCAUCAAACUCAAGAAAUACUACACCUGUAGUCAAUGUACAAAGAGUUUCCAGAGGCCUUUUCAACUUGCCCAACAUGAACACACUCAUUCCGGAAGUAAAUUAGUGAGUAGAAAGCUCAAGCUCAAUAAAUCCUGCAUCUGUGAACAGACUCACUCUAAAAAAAUAAUAUUGAAAGGCAAGGACACCAAACCCAACAAAUACUACACAUGUAGUCAAUGUACAAAGAGUUUCCAGAGGCCUUCUCAACUUGCCCAACAUGAACACAUUCAUUCCAGAAGUAAAUUAGUGAGCAGCAAGCUCAAGCGCAAACCCCAUAUCUGUAAUCAGUGUGGAAAAGGCUUCAUGUGGCCUUCUGACUUUGCCCGACAUCAACAGACUCAUUCUAAAACAAUAUUGAAAGGCAAGGGAAAGAAACUCAAGAAAUACUACAACUGUAGUCAAUGUACAAAGAGUUUCCAGAGGCCUUCUCUACUUGCCCAACAUGAACACACUCCUUCCAGAAGAAAAUUAGCAACAAGCUCAAGCUCAACAAAUGCCAUAUCUGUAAUCAGUGUGGAAAAGGCUUCACAUGGCCUUGAGACCUUGCCCGACAUCAACAGACUCAUUUUAGAAAAAUAAUUUUGAGAGGCAAGGGCAUCAAACUCAACAAAUACUACACAUGCAGUCAAUGUAGAAAGAGUUUCCAGAAGCCUUCUCAACUUGCCCGACAUGAACAAAUUCAUUCAAGAAGUAAAUUAGUGAGAGGCAAGUAUACCAAGCUCAACAAAUCCUAUAUAUGAUCAGUGUGGAAAAGGCUUCACAUGGCCUUCUGACCUUGCCAGACAUGAAUGCACUCAUUUUAGAGUAAUGUCACACAGAAAUAAACUCAUGAAGCUUCAAAAGCUUUUUGCGUGGUGUGGAAAGAACUUCCAGGGGUUUGUCUCCCAUUGUUCAACUUAAAUGCUCUUAUUCAUGGAAAAUAAUGACUAGAAGCAAACGCACCAAGCUCAGGAAGCUGCACACCUGUUAUGGAAGUGGAAAAAGCAUCCAGUGGCCUAAACCUGUUGAAUAUCAGUGUGUUCAUUCCAGAAAAAAAAUUAAGGCAGAAAUGUAUCAAACUCAAGAAAUUACACAGUAAAGUUACAAUUACAUUGGGAAACUCAAGAGGUAGCAUUACCUUGUCCAGCAUAUCCAUGUUUAUUCCAAAAUAAAAUUAAUAAAAGGCAAAUGUACCAAA